AUGGAUAGCGUUCGUGUUGUUGGGCUCAUGAACGGGAGGGCGGCACCCCCCGGUGGCGCUCCGGCCGGUGUGCGCUUGGGCACGUGCAGUUGGAUUCGGGAACCCUUGGUAACGUUCUGGUUUCUGGUUUCUGCGAUAUCGAGUGCGAUGGAGCGCCCCUCGUUGCUUUCACCUCUCAACGGCGACGAGAAGCGGCUCACUACGGUGCCUCAGCGCACAGUGUCGCUCCUCUGUGAGACUGACGCAAAACAGGCCAGCGUUCAGUUGCUCAAGCGCCAGGCACUCGGCGUUUGGCACGCCGACGCCCUGUCCGACGUUGAGAAUGCCAUUGGCGACCUGCACUUCUGGCCAACGACCUGGUCGAAGGACCCUCGCAGCCAUGACUACGACAUGCAGCGCCUCGGACGGUCCAAGCGGCUCGACAAUCGCGAGCGCUUCGAACUCUUCCGAUUUGUGGUUGGCAAUGGCGCAUCACCCGCUCUGGCCGUCGAACUCCUUGCCGCGUCGGAAAGCCUGCCAGACACGUUCGCCAUAACCCAAAUGGAAAACCUCGUGAAGAAGGCUGCUGAAGGCAGCUUCUCGAAGUACGUUCUCUCUCUCUCGAAGUAUAAGGCAUACAUCAUGGCGGACCGCAAGUGGGCCCCGGUCUUUUGCGUGCCAGAGCAGAAGCCUCUGCCUCUUGGAGAGUACUGCCCAUACGAAGACGCUCGCAAGGUGCUUGCACGGCAGAAGAAGCGCCAAUAG